AUGGCGCCAGCUAAGAAGAACGAUGAGAAGAUCACCGAGCUCGCUGAUCGCAUAGAUGAACGUAUUGACGCGAUCGAGAAGGAGGUAGGGAAGAUCUCGUCGUUAGAGAGGUGUAUGGAGAGCCUGAUGAUGGAGAUGAAGCAGAUGACCGGUGAGUUUGGGAAGAUCCGUCUAGGACUGACAGAACAAAGCAAGGAGAAGGAUCGGCGGGAAGUAGGGCCGCUCUCCUCUGGUUUGGUCUCUCAUCCAGCGGGUGUUUUCAACGCUCCGGUCUAUCAAGGGGAAGGAUCGGGGAAGAGUAUCGAGGAAGGACCGAGGUACAACGGCGAAGCAAGGUUCGUGGGCGAGUCAAAGUUGGAGGGUGACUCAUUCACGGUACAGCCGCCGCCGUGGAGGGCCUGGGAGGAUCGGAACUUUUCGUUGUCUCGUCGGAUGGAGAUACCGUUGUUCGACGGCACGGAAGCUGAGGGUUGGAUAUUGAGGAUCGAUCAAUACAUCGAGAUCGGGGACUUUACGGAGGAAGACAAGAUGAGGGCGGUGCGGCUGUGUUUCACCGGUGAAGCUCUAUCGUGGUACCGUUGGGAGAGAAACCGAAACCCCUUUGAGUGUUGGGAGCAGAUGAAGAGCAGGGUGCUUCAACAGUUCUCAACCGUACGCGAUUCGAGCGCUAGAGAGAGACUGCUUAGCCUGAGACAUACGAGCUCCGUGAAGAAGUUUCGGAAGGAGUUCAUCGCGCUCGCGUCCAACGCCCCCGAGAUCCCAGAUUCGGUGCUGGUGAUAGCCUUUCAGAACGAUUUGCGACCUAAGAUCCGUGCGGGGGUGAAAUUGAUGGAGCCGCGGGGGUUGGAGAAGAUAAUGAACGUGGCGGAGCUAGUCGAUGAAUGGUCCGGUGAGGGAGACUCGUCGGAGAAGGGAGAAGGAAAUGAUAGUAAAACGGGCUGGGCCAGUAACGGACGUUUUCAGGCCCAAGGUGUUCGAGGUAAUGGUCAAGGAGGUACGGGUCAGGGAGGUGGGUUGAACAGGCCCAAACCCAACACACCCACGACGACAUCACCUAACAAUGGAGGCCAGAAGCCACACAACAGGCUUAAGCCGCCGUCUCGACACUUGACACCGGAGGCGGUCGCGAAAUGGAAGGCGGAAGGGCUCUGUUUCCGCUGCGACGAGAAAUACCGGUACAAUCACAGGUGUGCGCGGCCGGAGCUGUUGAUGCUGCUGGAGGAUGGAACGAAGAUCGAUAUCUCUGAUUGCUCCGUUGAGUUGGCAGAGACGACGGUGGAAGACGAAGGGGAGAUAGCAGAGAUCUCGAUUAGCUCAAUGAUGGGGAUCUCAUCAUCGAAAACCAUCAAGCUAGAGGGUACAAUACAAGGCGAGAAGGUGGUGGUCUUGAUUGACAGUGGAGCAACCCACAAAUUCGUUUCGACAGAGGUAGUGAAGAGGCUGAACCUGACCAUCGAUAGUGCUAAGGCAUACAACGUACUCACUGUGGGAGGAAUCACGAUAAAGGAUCCAGUGGUUGGAGACGCUGGGAGAUACGAAGGUCAACUGGAAGUUGCAGUAUCAGCGAAGGCCAUGAGGAAGACAAUGGAGAAGGAGGGAGAGGUGAUGUUGGUGGAGUACUACGGCUUGCAAGUUGAGAAACCAUUGGUGAAGGGACCACUUGCACCACAACUCACCACGUUACUAAACACUUAUGCCCCAAUCUUCGAGGAACAAAAGGAGUUACCGCCCUCUAGAGGAAAGGAGCAUGCCAUCGUGCUCAAGCCAGACGCGCAACCAGUAAGCGUGCGUCCUUUCCGGUACCUGCAGGUGCCCAAAGGAGUUACCCCCAUCGAGAGGAAAGGAACACGCCAUUGUGCUCAAGCCAGAUGCCCAGCCGGUGAGCGUGCAGCCAUUUCGGUACCCGCAGGUACAGAAAGAGGAGAUUGA